AUGUCAUUCUUCAAAUCCAUUCUUACUAUCUUCGUCUUUGUUGCUGCGCUUGCGAUGAAAUCCAACGCAGCAUGUGUCGAUUCUGACGAUACUACAGUCGACAUCGCAUGUCCAUGA